AUGCAGACAGACCAGCAGGUGGUGAUCAACUGUCCAAUCGUCAAGGGGCUGAAGUACAACCAGGCCACGCCCAACUUCCACCAGUGGCGGGACGCGCGGCAGGUGUGGGGCCUCAACUUCGGCAGCAAGGAGGACGCCACCCUGUUCGCCAACGGCAUGCUGCAUGCGCUGGAGGUCCUCAACUCCUUGGCAGAUGCAGGUUAUGCUACCCUCCCCCGCCCAGUGUCAAAUGGACCGUCCCCAGAGGAGCUGGAACAGCAGCGGAGGCUGGAACAGCAGAGGCUGGAACAGCAGGAAAGAGAGCGCCUAGAUCGAGAGAGACAAGAGCGAGAGAGACAGGAGAGGGAGAGACAAGCAGCCGCAGCUGCCCCCCCGGCCCCUCCGGCCCCUCUGGCCCCCCCCGCGCCACCUGCCCCACCUGUGCCCCUGGCUCCUCCUCCACCACCUUGCCCCCCCGCCAUGGGAAGUGGCGCCCCCCCGGCCCCGGCGCCCCCUCCCUCGGGUGCACCCCCACCCGCCCCGCCCCUGCCUUCUGGGGGGGGAGGAGAGGGCCUCGGGGGGGCCGGGGGCCUGGCAGCCGCCCUCGCAGGAGCAAAGCUCCGCAAAGUGAACAAGCAGGAGGAUGGUGCACCUGCGGCCGCCCCCAUCGCCAGGGCUGACGCCAGUCGCAACAGCACCUCCUCCAUUGGGGGGGGGGGCGGGGGCGGAGGAGGCCUGAUGGGAGAGAUGAGUGCCAUCCUGGCACGGAGGAGGAAGGCAACCGACCAGGUGGGGAAACCACCUGCCAAGACAGAGCCCAAACCAGAGGAAAACGAUGACUCAGAAUCUCAAGGCCAAAGUGAAACAGUCAGAAGACCUUGGGAAAAAGCGUGCACUAUGCCAAGGACCAAUUCCAUCAGCAAGAGCAUGGACCCCAGCUCCCCCUUUCCAUGAGUCCCAGGUACAAGGGUUAAACCUGUGGGGGGUAGUAACGACGGAGGUGGCGAGGAGCCCGAUAUGGAGAGAAUCAAGCAGGAAAUUUUGGAGGAGGUUCGAAAAGAGUUGCAAAAAGUCAAGGAGGAGAUCAUUGGAGCCUUUAUUCAGGAGCUGCAGAAGAGGGACACAUAGUUGUGCUGGACGACCAUCAGGAGGAACGGAGGGUUGGGACGGAGGAGGUUAUGGCCCUGUGUGGACCUCUUUUCCGUCACUCCUUCAACUUUAGCCCAGGGAUUUCUCUUUCUGUCCUUUACACGCAUUCUCUCCAUCCCUCGCUUGCUGCCCUUUUCUCUGUCUCUGUCUCUCUCUCUUACACAUUCACUCAAAUAAUAACCCAACCUGUUCAUAUCAAGCCUCAUGACUUUGAAACGUAAAACUCUUGGAUGUCAUUAGACCGUCCCUUCCUCUGUGUCACUCCUCUCCUUGUGUUUACCAAGAGCCUCUGCAGAGCACAGAAAUAAAAACUGAAAACUUGCAGCUCUCGCUGUCAUCAGAUGUACCCCUUCAAGUGUAUUGUCCCCAUCUUCAGCCUGAUCCUUCCUCGCCUCCUCAGACAUACCAGUUGUUCAUACUGAGCUCUUCAGUGUUCAGGGAAGAUCAUAUUGUUUGCUCUAGUUACUGUAAUAUCAGAGUGCUGGCAUGUGCGGCGUACUCCUAAUUGUCCCACUCCUGUCCUGACCUGCCCGACACACGUUCAAACUCCAAACUGCCUUCGCAGAGAUAUGUUCAGAGAGAGAGAAAAGAGAGUUGGCCCUCAAAUGAUAAACGGCCUCUUGGUUCAGAUUGUGAAGAUGUUUGGAGGUAGGAUAUGAAUCAGGGACCCAUGCUGGAGAGCUGCUGGCCGUGGCACACGCCGCCCCCUGCAGUUUAUGGGCUGAAUUGCUAGAAUGAAUGCUGCCCAUCUGUCUCAGUAAGAGGUGGGGGGAGGGUGUGGAUCAGCUCCCACCAACACACACACAAUACUUUACCUGUGGCCAUGAAAGAGGCACAGCCCAACCUUCCAUGCAGUGGGAGAAGUCGAUGGAGGGGAUUUGCAAAGGGAAAAUUGUGAACGAGCAGAGUGCAGUGAAUGAGAAGUUUUUCUUGCACUUGGCUCAAAGAUGGUGUGUGUGUGUCUCUGUGUGCCACUCAGUAUCAGCUCUCACUCUCAGCCUCUAGCUCACUGGGAGUUAAGUCCUUGGCCAGUGCAUUGGUCCUAAACUGUGCUUCUAGUCUUUCCUUCCAUUUUAGGUAUUUUCUAAUUACAUUGACAUAAUGACAAACAUGGCCAUGACAAGGUCAAUUAAUUGGCCAUGACCAACUGCCUUGAGAAUAAAUAUAUAAGUAUAUAUAUAUAUAUAUAUAUAAGGAAAUUAUAUAUAUAUUUGUUUCGAGGGAAAAUGUUAGUGAAAAUGAAAUGCUGUUUCUAUUUUAAUUGGGAUGACUGGUGAAUGGGGAUUUUUUUGAUGAUUAUUUUCUUUUUAUGAGAUGUUAUUUUGGGUUAACUGUUCUUUUGUUUCUUUUUUUUCUAAUAGAGUAUAGGCUUUUUACACUGAAAUAUAAAGAAAACGGCGUAGAGACACUGGAUUAGAUAUGCCUUUAUAGUCAAAUACAGCUGCUUCUUGAAAUGCAAAUGAGUCUUGUCUUUUUACUGGUCUUUCUGAUGUUAAUCGUUCCCUACCAUUCUUAUGAUGGUCAUGAUAAAAUAAUAGUAAUAAACAUGCAUGUAGCUUUGAAAAUACAUUGUAAUAAAAUAAGCGUUCUCAGAAAAUAUAAA